GAUGUCAAAUGGUAAGUAUAAAAGCAGAGGAGGAGCAGAGCAUCACACACACUCACACACACUCACUCAUGCUGGUGUCUACCUCAGUGCUGUAAACUUCCAGCACAUCCAGCCUGACGAGGACCCGAGGACUGGACACAGCACAGGGCUUCUCUUGGGCUCAACAUUUAGUUUUUCCCCUCGUCAAGUUGGCUGGCUCUUUGGGGAGAAGGGGACGACAUGCUUUGGAUUCUGCCUCUCAGCAUAGUGCUCUCCCAGUGCCACUCCGCAGUGUCGGGACAAAGAGAUGGGGAAAUCAUUAAUCAAAUCAAGGGAACCAAUCAAGCCCUGGCCGAGAUCAAGGAACUUCUGAAGCAACAGAUCCAUGAGAUCGUUUUUCUCAAGAACACGGUGAUGGAGUGCGAAGCUUGUGCGAUGCGUGGUGUGGAUCCUCCCCGAGCCUCCUGUGACCCAAACCCCUGCCACCCCGGGGUCAAGUGUACCGAGACGCCAAACGGCAUCGAAUGUGGACCCUGCCCCGACGGCAUGGUGGGCAAUGGAACCCACUGCACAGAUGUGGACGAGUGUGCCGUGAUGCCGUGUCACAUGGGCGUGCGCUGCAUCAACACCUCCCCAGGGUUCCGCUGUGGCCCCUGUCCGGCGGGAUACAUGGGCCCCCAGGUCUACGGCGUCGGACUCGCCUACGCCAUGUCCAACAGACAGGUCUGCAAAGACAUUGACGAAUGUGAAGUUGCCAACGGUGGCUGCGUACAAAAUGCCAACUGCAUCAACACACCGGGGUCGUACAGGUGUGCCUGUAAGAAAGGGUACAUCGGAGACCAGAACAGCGGAUGCCAAGCAGAGCGAGGGUGUGGCAAUGGCCAGGAAAACCCAUGCCACACCAACGCCGACUGCAUCUCUCACCAAGAUGGAACAAUCGAGUGUGUUUGUCAUGUUGGAUGGGCAGGCAAUGGUUAUUUCUGUGGACCUGAUGUUGACAUUGAUGGCUUCCCAGACCAGAAGUUGCCUUGUGCUGAGACUAACUGCAAAAAGGAUAACUGUCAGACGGUACCCAACUCUGGACAAGAGGACGUGGACAAAGAUGGCAUCGGAGACACAUGUGACGACGAUGCAGAUGGUGAUGAAAUUCCCAACACACAGGACAACUGUGUGCUCGUGCCAAACGUGAACCAGCGCAACGUGGACCAGGACGACUUCGGCGACGCCUGUGACAACUGCCGCCUGGUGAAGAACGAUGACCAGCGGGACACCGACGGAGACGGCAGGGGCGACGAGUGUGACGACGACAUCGACGGAGACGGUAUCAAGAACGAGCAGGACAACUGUAAAAAGACGCAUAAUGUUGAUCAGAAGGACAGAGACAGAGACGGCGUUGGAGACGCAUGUGACAGCUGUCCUUACGUCCCCAACCCUGACCAGCUCGAUAAGGACAACGACCUGAUUGGGGACCCUUGUGACACCAAUAAGGACAGCGAUGGCGAUGGGCACCAGGACUCCCGGGAUAACUGCCCAGCCGUCAUCAACAGCUCUCAGCUGGACACUGAUCGGGACGGCCUCGGGGACGAGUGUGACGACGAUGACGAUAAUGACGGGAUCCCCGACCUCAUCCCCCCCGGCCCUGACAACUGUCGCCUGGUCCCAAACCCCCUGCAGGAGGACUCAGAUGGGGAUGGAAUUGGCAAUUUGUGUGAGAAUGACUACGACAACGAUACCUUCAUCGAUAAAUAUGACGACUGCCCAGAGAAUGCCGAGGUCACGCUGACAGACUUCCGGGCCUUCCAGACCGUGGUGCUAGACCCUGAGGGCGACGCUCAGAUAGACCCCAACUGGGUCGUCCUCAAUCAGGGCAGAGAGAUUGUUCAGACCAUGAACAGUGAUCCAGGCCUGGCUGUUGGUUACACUGCAUUCAACGGCGUCGACUUUGAGGGGACGUUUCACGUGAACACAGUGACCGAUGAUGACUAUGCAGGCUUCAUCUUCGGCUACCAGGACUCGUCCAGUUUCUACGUGGUCAUGUGGAAGCAGGUGGAGCAGAUCUACUGGCAGGCCAACCCAUUCCGAGCCGUGGCUGAGCCAGGCAUCCAGCUGAAGGCGGUGAAGUCAUCCACAGGACCGGGGGAGAACCUGCGGAACUCACUGUGGCAUACGGGCGACACGGCGGACCAGGUGAAACUCCUGUGGAAGGACUCACGCAACGUUGGCUGGAAGGACAAGACCUCUUACCGUUGGUUCCUCCAACACAGGCCCACGGAGGGCUACAUCAGGGUUCGUUUCUACGAGGGCCCUCAGAUGGUGGCAGACACAGGUAUCAUCAUCGACACCACCAUGAGGGGCGGCAGGCUCGGGGUCUUCUGCUUCUCACAGGAGAACAUCAUCUGGGCCAACCUGCGCUACAGAUGCAACGAUACGAUACCUGAGGACUUUGAAAGAUUCCGGACUGAACAGGUGCAGCUGACCUUCUGAUCACCGAGGGGCGCCUCUGCAAGAGUCCUUCCGUCAGCAAUACAUUCCACUAACAGGAACCAAUCACACCAGCGGCGGUGGAACCCACCAUGAGCAAACAGUCCUGCCACUCUAAUCAGCUUCCCUAGAGAGCGGCACUCGAGAACACGCCUCAGCGCAGCACCGUAAAGGACAUCUGAAUGUCGCCCCCCCCCCACACACACACACACACUCUGUCCCCACCCUGUCCAGCACGGUCACGUCUGUAUGAAGUGUACAAUGAGUAUCUACAUAUUUCAGUGCCUGUGAUGUCAUACAGUCCAGGGUAUGCCUGAGUUAUGAUUUGUUUGACAUCAACGUUUUAGUUAAUAUUGGGAUAUGAAAUAAAGGGCUUUACAGGUCUUUGAUUUUGACUAUUGAUUUAAGAAGCUAUUGUUAAUGAAGAGAUUAGUUGUUAAUGAAUGUAAUGAUGUGUGUAGGCCUAUUACAAAAGCUAUAGAACAAUAGGGUAUGUGCGACUACAAUACUGUUACACUUGGAGACGUUAUGUAUUGCUCAUGUGAGAUUAAAAUGAGACUGAAAGAUUUCAA